CUGUACUCGGUGCAGUUCACUGUGGCUUGGCUCCCAUUCGCUUUGACCGCAAUAACCUACUUUGCCGCCGAGCGAGCGGCUGGCAGCGAGUGUUUGAUACCUUGCGCACCUCUAAGUGUUAUUUAGGCGAUAGCAAGCUUCAGUCACGUCACUGCACGUGCUCAUUUCUCGGUUCUUGGGAGUGCAUGCCCUGGUUUCGGCCCCGACUAGUGCCGCGCGCCCCUGCGUGUGAGCACAAAUACCUUUGCCCAGCAUAUCAUAUGUUUGCUAUGAACGGCAGCAGUCUACAUCGACGACUGUCGGAGCGUGUCGGAGCGUGAACCCGGCUGCACGCCGACGUGGCUCGCUUCAAUCCUUGGGGGACGCCCUGCGCCCUUCACCUGCCCACGUAAGCUUUGCUGCGCGAGUCAUGCAAUAGCACAUAAUGAGUAGUGCCAUUGCAUUGCUGUAGUACCGUGCGAGUCGGGCUGCAAGCGGUUGGGCGCGUACCUACCCGUGUAUGGCUGCGGCCGCGCUAAAUGUGCCCCGUGGGUGGGCGAGCUCUAUAUCGCGCUGCACGGGUUGACAGCACAGCAAUAGAUUGGCCCGGCGCGUACACCAUCAAGGUGAUGCAAGCGCUGCACGACGACCCAGAGGGCUACGCGCGCACCACCUUCGACACGCCGCCGCCUUACACACAGGCGCAGCUGGGUGUGGAGCCGCCGGCCCAUGACACGGCCAUGGGACUGGGCGAGGCGUGCCUGGAGGUGACGGAGGAACACCGGCAACGCCUGAAGGCGCGACAGGACCGGGCGGCAGCACAGGCAGCAGCGGCAGUUGCGGAGGCGGAUGCCGCCAUCGCGCUCUCAGAGGGCAGGCCACCGCCGCCCGCCGCUGCUGCCGCCAUCACCACCGGCACCAAUGGCGGCGCUGCCGCUGAGCCCGACGUCGGACACGCUGGCAGCGGCGACUCCACCACCGGCGCUUCCGCUGCCGCCGCCGCCGCUUACGUGGAGCGUGCAGGCCGCGGCGCGGACCUGGAGCAGCGUGUGGAAGCACUGCUUGCGUCUGCGAUCCAGCGCAAUCCCGGAGAGGACACAGGAGGCCAUGACCAGGACGUUGCCGACCAGGCACUGCUCGCCGCCGCCGCAGAGCAUGACACUGGCCAGGGACAGCAGCACCAGCACCAGGAACCCGACGCCGCGCACCACCGCCGUGUGCACCACGACACCAGUAAACUGGGCCCGUGUGUGGACAAGGCAGCGGUGGCCAAUGCCAUCCGCACCGCCAUGCGCACCCUCACGUCACAUGCAAGCUACGGCCGCACCCACUAUGUGCAGCUGCUGGACGAGUGGCCGCAGCUGAGCGCUAAGGCUGCUGCCAUCGAGCUGGCGCGCAUGAAGCGCGUGGCUGAGGAGCGCCGUGAGAUCGCGGAAGGCGGCGGCACAGUGUUGCCGGCGCCGCCGCGUCAGACGCAGCCACCCCCCGCACCUGUGGCGGCCGCUGUGGGCACCACCGUCGCUCCUGAGGCUGCCGCAUGCCAGCAGCCACUGCUGGGCUGCCGCAUGCUGGGCUUCCAUGAGGUGGACUUCCUGUCUCAGAUCACAGCCCCAUGCUCGACCCGGUGCCCCAGGUAGGCGUCCCACAGGUCGAAUGCACAAGGUUGCGCAAGGCAGUGCCGACGAGCGUCGCGGACGUGUGCGGCAGAUGUGCAGGAGUAUUGCAGGUCGCGGUAGUUGUAUAGGUUACAACACGGAGGGGUGGGCAGUAUGGGAUAUACUGGGGCGGGGCGGCGGGAGGGGAGGGUGAGGGCCGCCCGAACCGAGACCCGCCCCCCGUGGGCCGUCCCCAAGGGCGGGUCGAGGUGAGGGGCGGCCCAAACCCGACCCGACCGCAUGCCCCGUCUGAGCAUGCCACAGUGCCCACCCCUCAAGGGUUGUAAGUAGCUUAUACCCCAGGUGGGGACCCGAGGGCAAGCAAAUAGACUCAGCAACACGCGAGAACGACCGCAAUUUAUGAUUUUAAGCUGGCGGGGCGGGCAGUAUGGGGGCGGGGCGGGCAAUAUGGGGGCGGGGCGGGCAAUAUGGGUUGGUCAAACGUUGACCAACCGCCAACCGCCAUAUUGUGCGAGCCGGGGACUAGUGGACUGCGAGCCUGAUCAACCAUGUAUUGGUGGUCAGCCAUGUAGCAAACCAGUACGAGAU